UGUUCACAACAAUAAUCUGAUCACUUCUCUCUGACAUGGACUCCCCCCCCUUCUCCCCCCCGGCAAGUGUGCAUGGUCUUUGAGAGUAAGAGCCCCUGUGGCUGAUGUAAUGCACUGUACACAGCUGUUUGGACUGUGAUUCAUUCAGGGAGGAUGAGGUAUGAGUGAGGAUCCAAUCUUGUAGUAUCUGUGUAGUCUAUGUUAUAAGUGUGUGUUGGAGUCAUUUGGUUAGGGUUUUCUUGAGGCCUACCCUACAUGUGUUUUUUUUUUUAAAGGAAUACUUAUUUAGGAUGCAGUGAUAGUGAUUGCUCCUCUCUCCCUCCCUUUUAGCUUUUAUCUCCUCAAGAUAUUGGUUUGUGUUUUCGUGACGAAAAACACUCACAAAAAAGCCAGGUAUCCUAAUCAGUAACGUGUCAAGACAAACCAACUGAAGGGUCUGACUUGAGUUUUGGUCUCACGUGGGCAAGAUGGAAAGAUCAUAACACAUUUCUAGAGUGGUGCAGAUUAAGUUCGUAAUGACAAGCUGCUGUGCAGAAGAUGUCAACACUCUCUGCGACUGACUUCACAGAUGUUGGUCAUGGUGAGAGUAAGGUGUUGGAAUGCACGGGUGACAAGAGCGGCACUAUCGAAGUGAAAAAUGAAAUUGUCCUUCCACUGGAUCUGCCCCCCCCUUCCAAGUUUUCCAGUCCCUCACAGAAUGGGCCCUUGCUGGCUGAGAUGAGCAACCCUCUGCACAUGGAGCCCAGUGACAUGAAGUCAGAUCCAGCAGCAGGAGACAUACCUGCAAACACUGAUGGCCAGCCAGUGAAGAGGAAGAAAGGGCCAGCUCCUAAGAUGCUGGGGAACGAAGUGUGCAGUGUCUGUGGGGACAAGGCUUCAGGUUUCCACUACAAUGUGCUGAGCUGUGAGGGCUGCAAGGGUUUCUUCCGCCGCAGUGUCAUCAAGAGCGCCCAGUACUCGUGCAAAAACAACGGCCGCUGUGAGAUGGACAUGUACAUGCGACGCAAGUGCCAGCAGUGCCGCCUGCGCAAGUGCCGUGAAGCAGGCAUGCGAGAGCAGUGCGUACUGUCUGAGGAGCAGAUCCGGCUAAAGAAAAUGAAGAAGCAGCACGAGGACGAGACCGCGCGCCCGUCGGCGGUGGUGACACCCACCCUGCCGCUGGAGGUGCCCACGCUAGCUCCCGAACAGCUGGAGAUGAUUGAGAAGCUGGUGGCCAUGCAGAAGCAAUGCAACAAGAGGUCCUUCAUUGACCGACCCAAAGUCACACCCUGGCCGCAGAGUCAGGACCCACAGAACAGAGAGGUGCGGCAGCAGCGCUUUGCCCACUUCACAGAGCUAGCCAUCAUGUCGGUCCAGGAGAUAGUUGAUUUUGCUAAGCAGCUUCCAGGUUUCCUGGAGCUAACUCGAGAGGACCAGAUUGCCCUGCUCAAAACCUCAACCAUUGAGAUCAUGCUGCUUGAGACAUCACGGCGAUACAACCCUGCAAUUGAGAGCAUCACGUUUCUAAAGGAUUUCAGUUAUAACAAAGAGGAUUUUGCCAAAGCAGGGCUUCAGUUUGAGUUCAUUAACCCAAUCUUUGAGUUCUCCAAGGGAAUGAACGACCUGCACCUGGAUGAGGCGGAGUAUGCUCUGCUUAUCGCAAUCAACAUCUUCUCUGCAGAUCGGCCCAAUGUUCAGGAUCAUGACCUAGUGGAACGUCUUCAGCAACCGUAUGUGGAUGCACUGCGCUCUUACAUCAUGAUAAAGAGACCAAACGACCACUUGAUGUUUCCUCGCAUGCUCAUGAAGCUGGUGAGUCUCCGCACUCUCAGCAGUGUCCACUCAGAGCAAGUCUUCGCACUACGCCUUCAAGACAAGAAACUCCCCCCACUGCUUUCUGAAAUCUGGGAUGUCCAUGAGUGACCCUCCAAUACCGUGGGACAAUUUGAAACAUUUUGGACAUCUUAAGUGGACCUGAAAAUAACAGUGCAUCUCCCAGGCUCCUCAGCUCUCGUUUUUACUCGAUUGAUGGAUUUAGUCCUUUUUAUGUUUUCUAUUUCUGCUUCUUUGAGGUUUGGCAAGAUGGCAAUGCCCCACUCUCAUACCGACAGGGUGACUGUAAAUUGCUUGAUGGGGAGUGAUUUGAUGGUAGUUCACUUGGUCAUCCUGCCCUAACUCAUCCUUUGUUGAGAGGGGCCUAUAUGUGAGACUGCUGCCGAUGGGCCUUCUAUGUGCUAUGACUGGCCCGUGUUAUCUGUGAAUGUCAACCAUUAACAUUUUGUGCAGAUAUUUUCUAUAGCUUGCUUACAAUCCAAUGUGUGGAUGAGGGCCACAAACUACAAAAAAGUAAUAUUAUUGCCCCUGUGUUCCAAAGGAUAGGAAACAGUGGUAUGAGACCUGUUGGAAAGAGAUGUCUUGUUCUUGUGAUGAUUAGUUAAUGGGUAGGUCUUCUGGAUUGUGUUGUGCUUUGUUAUAGAACAGUUAGUGGUUUGCUUUUCAGAGCAGGACAAUAAUUCUGAUUGAUUACAGGUAUAAUUAUGUUUUGAUAGAUAUUGCUCCACGCUCUACUACUUAAGUUGUCUCCUCCAAAAAUUUCAAAGGUCAUAAAUGUCCAAAAAUGUUUUGUUCAUGUACAAACAAUCUUGAAGGACAUAUUUAGCAAGCCAAUAUUGAAACCUACAAUUAAUUGUACAAUCAACACACUUUUAAUGCACAACAAAGCAAUACUUCGCUGUCAUCACCGAAUAUAUGACUAACAAGAUGAGUCCUCACACACUUGACUGGUUUCGUUUUGUACUUUAAAGCUUUUUAGCUGUGAUCAACAGCUCUGGUUGGUCGAUUGGUCAGUCGGUUCUCAAACAUUUCUCAACCCUUUGGUGGCCACAGUUUUUAGGAGGCAAAAACUUUGGAGUGGACGUCAAGUCUGUGUGAAGGUGUGUUAGUGUUCAUGCCAAUUGGCUAAGUUGGGGUAUGGCAGUGGGAGUGGCCUAUGACAAAAAGGCAAUGUAUUCACAUAAUAUGGCCAAUCUUGGUAGAAAGACACACAUCGACACACACACUAUUUUGCCACAUCCCUUUGUAACUUAAAAACUGUUUGUCGUAAAGCCUUGCAAAAAUUGUCAGUCCUACACUUUAGCCACACACUGUGGGAGGUAUCCUUGGAGUCAGUGGAGUUCCAUUUUCACUGGUGUGUUAUUCUCACCCUUCCCACACAUUUUAGCAACUCCCCUUUUCAUAACUCAUAAACCAUUUGUUAUACAGCCUUGCGUGAGGUUUCAUUAGACCCAUUAGAGAGUAGUUAUUAGCUGUGACUAGCAGAUCAAUAGCUCACUGUCAGUCGGUUGGUCUACAAAAACUGCAUCCGUGUAUGUGGUUGCAGCGAUUGGGCAAAACAGUUUCAUUACAAAGAUUUAACAUUGAGCACAACUCAAGAAGGUAUGUUGAGUUGUUUGUUCAGUGGUGUAUCACAUUCAUAUUUUAGGCAACACUUUACAUUAAGGUUACAAUAACUACAUAAAAAAAACGAUAGUAAGAACACUUUAUUAUUGAUUUAGAGGUACAUGUUACACAAGAGGAACAUGAGGAUGGGGGGAUGAUGGGGUUUCCAGGAGUAAGUGGAUGUUAACAUUGAUCUUGUUUUGGUGACACAACCUUUGUCAACUGCCCCUUUAGAACAACCACUUACACCCCUUCCCCAUACUGUGCCACCUUACAUUUUGUAAUAACUUGUACGGCUAACACUUAAUACUAUUUUACCAUAUAGCAUUUCCAAUGUACCUACAAUGUUUUUGCUUUUGCUAUGCAUUUAUGUGGUAGUUAAUGUAACCUCAAUUUAAAGUUUUGAUAUUGCUGCUUUUUUAACUCAAUGUCUAAAAAGCAUUCCCAGGGAGAUGUGCAUUCCUACAUGUUUUACUUUAGCAGUUAGGCCUAAUGGUUUAGUAAUCUGAAUCUGUUUUCUCCAAGGUCGUUCUAGUCACUUUGGCUUCAAACAUAUUGCUUCUCAUUGAUGCUUAGUCUACUAAAUCCAGAUAAUUCUGUUUUGCAUGGUAUUUUUUUAAUUUAUUUUUUAUGUUUAACUACCUGUCAUAGGUGUUGGUAUAUGUAUAAACAGUUGAAAUUAUUUUAACACUUACCAAUAACCACUACAACAACAAAUACAUUGAACUAGUCGGUUCAACUAAGGUUGGUAUAGUCUCAUUAUCAACCAAAAAAUGGCAAACUCCAGCUGAAUGACAAAUAAGUGUUCACUGACAUAGUACUACUCAAACUUGUUGUACUUAUUUUUGUUGAUCAACUUUGUGGCUUACAUUUUAUGAAUAUUUCUUUCAAAUCAACUCUUAAUAGUUUUUAUGUUAUUGUAAUUUAUCAAAGACAAUAUUAACUAUCCUUAUUAGGAAUGAAGUACAGUUGUUUUUGAUCGUGGCUCCAUUCUUUACUAUACUUGACUGUAAUAAUUUGAAAUAGUGUGUCAGAGAUUUUUGUUAACCAAAUAAGAUUACUAUGGAAUAAACUGCACAGAUAUCAAGUAUAAGUAACAAGGGGACUCUUAAUAUAAAACAAUUAGGUGGGGGAAAGGGGCUCAGUGAAUCAAGAAAGAUCCAUGCAAAUGUGACAAAGUAUUUACAUAAUAUAUUUCACAGUAUCCUGUUUGCUUACUGUAUUUUAGUUACAGUACAAUAUUUCAAAUGUCUGCAGACCUGACUCCAUGAAUGAUGAUAAUGUUAUUGUUUGAACCUCAAAGCUCCUUUCUUUCCCACAGACUAAAAUAUGUGUGUACAUGGUAUAUGCACACAUACUGUGCUUUGUACAGUGUUUUAUUCUUUGGAGAGCAUAGUGUCCACUUGUCUUGCCUACGGUUCUACUGCCAGUGUAAAUGUGAAAGAAGGCCAUUGGUAAUGUUAAUAAUUCUGUGA